ACGUCUCAACACUCUCUAGUUCUGAACAACUUACAUUUAUCAUUAUUUCCAGCCAGCUUAACAACAAACUUGGAAAAGUCUUGGAAGUCAAAAUUUGAAAUUUUUUUUUUUUAUAUUAUUCCGUGCCGAUUGCCGAAACUAGACAUAAAUACAAUUCCAAACCGCAUAAUCCAUAUCAGAAACCAUGCAUUCUGCCGCUCCAAAGGACUUAAAAUACUUAAACCUAGGACGGCAACUUACAGAAUCUCUCACCCUUUGGCAACAACCAGAAAACGAUAUUUUGACUUGUGUAUGUUGACAGACAAUUUCGCCUAUUCAUGCAAGAAAAAGUGAAAACCUGUACAACAUUUUGACCUAACAUUUUUUGCUUUGCUCUUUUCGUCCCUACAUCAAAAUAUAAGUUACUUUUUAUUGAUUCUUAAAAAAAGAAUUUAAAAAAAAUAGCGUAAGUAAUAUUUCUCUAACAAUAAAAACAUAAUAAUGCAUGUCAUAUCGUGCUCCAGUUCUCUAGUAACUUAUAAAUACCUCUUAAGAUCCCACAAAGUUCUUGUCCUUAGAGCCAGAUAAAAAAUCAACAGCCAGUCAGCCACAUAUCAUGUCAAUGCACUGUCUACUACAUUCCGUCACUUUCACAACACUGCUCAUGGCAAUAGCCACAGCCAUAACCACCGUCCGCACCACCGUCACUGCUUCUUCUUCACCCAUCAAAGGUUCAUACUGGUUCGAUCAAGAAACAUUUCCAGUUUCCGCCAUAAACACAACCUAUCUCACACACAUCUUCUACGCGUUCCUCUUACCCAGCAACACGACCUACACCCUCGAAAUCACCGCUUCCAACGCCACCAGCCUCUUGAAAUUCACCACCACCCUCCGCUCCAAGUACCCUCCCGUCAAAACCUUAGUCUCCAUCGGCGGCGCCGCCAGCGACGCUGCUCUCUUCGCUCGCAUCGCCGGAAACGCAGAUGCGCGAGCCACCUUCAUCGGCUCCUCCAUAGUCGUCGCGCGCCGUUUCGGCUUUGAUGGCCUCGACCUCGACUGGGAGUUCCCGCGCACUGCGGCGGAGAUGAGCGACCUCGCCGUCCUCCUCCGACACUGGCGUAUUGCGAUCCUUGCCGAGUCUGAGCUUACCGGCCGUCCGCCGCUUCUCCUAACAGCCGCCGUCUACUUCGCCAGUGACUUCAUCCUCGCUGCCGCUCCGGCGCCGUCGUACCCGGUGAUCGCUAUGAAUAAGACCCUUGACUUUAUCAACGUCAUGAGCUACGACCUUCACGGAGCGUGGAACAACGAUACCGGAGCUCCAGCAGCGUUAUUUGACCCGAAAGGGAACGUAAAUGCUGUUUACGGGCUUCGGUCAUGGAUUCGGGCAGGGAUCUGCCCGAAGAAGGUGGUUAUGGGUUUACCCCUUUAUGGGAAGAAGUGGACCCUACUUGACCCGAAUGUGACUGAAAUCGGAGCAGCAGCUAUUGGGAUAAAACCCGAAUCCGGUGGGGAUGUGCCUUAUUUUCAGAUUGAGGCGUUUAAUAAGGAAAGUGAUGCCACCGUCGUGUACGAUCCAGAUACGGUGUCGGCGUAUUCGUACGCGGGAACGUCAUGGGUCGGGUACGAUGACCCAAUGACAGUGACCGUGAAGAUUGGGUUUGCUCAGGCUCUGGGGCUUCGUGGAUAUUUCUUCUGGGCUGCUGGCUUUGAUCGUGAUUGGAAGAUUACUGAGCAAGCUUCGAAAGCCUGGAUAAUUACAUGAAUGAUAAUGAAGGUUUGAAACUUGACUUCAUUGUUUGUGUAAUGAUUCGUCCUUGAAUUGUGGGAAGGUUCAAAGUUGUAACAGUUCAACCAUUCAUUGAAUAAAUGAUGUCCAAUAUAAUCAGAUCGCAUGGUAACAUCCAUUCAAGUUAAACUGGUCAUGGAAUCAUCAUAUCAUCAUGUCAUUAUGAUUAGCUAUAGCCACCAAAGCAGAGCAGUCGGCUUUACUUAUUUAUAACAAUAAUUAGGGUUCGACUGGCGGAGAAGCGCAACAGCGCAAGUGACUUUUCACUUUAGUAAUUUGUUUAACAAGGUAUAAUACGAGUAUCUUGUAACGGAUAAUUAUAUUAAUCAAGCAAACAAUUGUAAUUCAUAUUGAUAUUUAAAGAAAUAAUAUUGGUAAUCGUAAA